AUGAGUUCAACACCAAAGUCGUCCCCCGCCUGUAGUGAGCAGGGUAAUCGUAAAUCAAUUUUCUAUGUGCCAUUGUUUGAGAGUUUUGAAAAUUACCUGCCUCUAAGCGCAGAAGAAAAAGAAUCACUUAUAACCGGGCAAAGAUUGGACGUACCCGUGAAACCAAAACGUAAAUAUGCAUCAGACCGUGCAAAACUACAGAUUACAAACCAUGAUUCAUCCUUGACCGAAAGCGAAAGCGAUGUUAGUUUGUUUAGCCCACGGCGGUAUCGACCUUUAUCGUCAACUAGUUCAAAUGAAGCGCUACCGAGAGUAGGUCAGUGCGAUCUCACAAGCCCUAGACUAGUAUCUGGAAGUAAAAUAAAUAAUUCGAAACCGCGACUCCGAAGUUCCACUUCAUGUGAGGCACGGUACGAUAGAGUUUAUCACCCAACAUCCUCCAAUAGGCUUAACAACUCUAUAGUGAAUUUACCAUGCAAGUUACAGCCGCCAACAAAUGUAAGAAAUUCUAAUUUGUCGUUAAUAGCAGAUUCUCCUCGACUACAAACCUCAACUAGUGAAAAAUCGAAAACAUUACCACAAAAUUUGAACACACCGUCACCAAUACGAGGAAGCAGUAGUUCUACAUCAAUAUUUAAGAACCCUAAAAUAACUAUAACACCUGAGAGCCCCAACAAAAGUGUCGGAAAGAUUUCUGGAUUGAAUUUUAUUCGAAGAUCCAGAAGCACUAAGCUUACUAGAAGCAAUUCGCUAUUAAGGAGUAUAACUGCUAAAAAUGUUGAGGAAGGCUUGGAGACCUCUACUGUUAUUACUGACUUACGAGACAAUUAUGACGACUUCAUAGACGCUCAUGGUGGUGAAAAAGAAGUUAUUGGUGCUCUAAUAAAGAAGAAUGAAGAGCAAGUAGCCAAUAGUCCUUUGAGUAUUAGAAGAGCCUAUCUAGAUGUAGAUGAUGAAGUAGCUGUACAUUCAGAUACAUCGUAUGAAAAAGCAUGUCGACGUGGGUCAGCUCCGAGUACUCCGAUCCCCGGUGGACAAACGCAGCACAGUCCAUCGCGGCUGGCUUCGUUCUUCUUCUCAAAGCGAUCUUUUCGAAGUAACCCCCUAAAGCGAACCAAAUCAGCAAUUAAGUUAGAGCCGCCAAAGGACAGGGUGUCGGCAGUGCCGACUCACCCAGCUACACAUGCCUUACGGACAUCAAGAUCGCAUGAGAGUUUGUUAUCAGCACAUUCCCCCGCAGUUUCUACGAUGGAUUUGGGACCUCCAAAUCAGGUAGAAAUUCGGGCACUACACUCAUCGGUACUGGGCCGACCACAUUGUUUCGCGUUGAGUGCGGAGAAUCGCGCGCCACGAUACUUCGCGUGUGCCUCACGAAAGGAAAGAGAUAGAUGGAUAUAUAGCUUACGACAAGCAGCUCGUCCAGACGAGAUCCGGACGAGGCGGUGUGAAAGAACAGUGAAAUUGUGGCUACUAGAGGCCAAAGCCAUCCCACCUAAGAAGCGGUACUAUUGUGAAAUUUUACUGGAUGAUACUUUAUACGCAAGGUCUUCCUCAAAAUUAAAAUCAGAACUGUGUUUUUGGGGUGAAGUGUACGAGUUUAGCGUGCUACCAGCCGUACGGGCGAUACACGUUAACGUAUACCGUGAACCCGAGCGGCGCGCCCGCAAGCGUGACAAACAUGCACUUGUUGGCACAGUACGAAUACCAGUUGACGACGUAUCAUCUCGUUACCUCAAUGAGCGAUGGUACCCAGUGAGUGAAGGCGAUAAGCCUCAAUCCCCCGGACGGACACCUGCGCCUAUACCCGCGUUACGUAUAAAGUGCCGUUACCAGUGUGUAGAUGUACUGCCGUUGGACUGCUAUGCACGCUUCUUGGAUUAUCUGAAGAGGAAUUAUAGGCGGCUAUGCGAGUAUCUCGAGCCUGUUAUUGGUGUAAAAGCGAAAGAAGACAUCGGUUGUGCCCUUGUACUUUGUAUGGCGGGAGCUGGUUUGGCGCCGAGAUAUUUAGCUGAUGUUGUUGCGUUAGAUGUUCGGAGGACAGGAGACCAUUCUCUGACAUUCAGGGGUAAUUCCCUUGCUACCAAGAGCAUGGAAGCUUACUUGAAGCUUGUGGGCGAUCAGUACCUGCAAGACACACUAGGUGAAGCAGUAUGCACGGCAGCGGGUCCGAGUGCGGUAGACUGCGAAGUAGACCCUCAAAGGGCGGGCAGCAGCGCAGCCUUAAGACGACAGCAAGCGGCGCUAAGGGACACAGUCACGUUGGCCUGGCGAGCUAUCGCAGCCUCUGCGCCUCGCUUUCCGCCUCCAUUGCGGGACUGCUUUGCCACAUUUAGAGAGAGGCUAAUUGCGAUGGGCAGAGAAGAUAUAUCCGACAAUCUCAUCAGUGCAUCAAUAUUUUUAAGAUUUUUGUGCCCGGCCAUACUGUCUCCCAGUCUUUUUGGAAUUACUCAUGAAUACCCGAACGAGCGUGCGGCACGCAACCUGACGUUGGUCGCGAAAACUCUGCAGACCCUCGCGAACUUCACUCGGUUCCAGGGAAAGGAAGCUUUUAUGGAGUUCCUCAAUGACUUCUUAGAACAGGAGGCGCCCAAUAUGAAGUCGUUUUUGAGAGCUAUAUCUACUCGACCUCAAGAACAACAAAAUCAGCAGCAACAACAACAGCAGCAACAACAUCAACCACAAGACAGUAAACGGAACUCGUCAACAUCACAAGGAUCUGGGUGUGAGAAUAUAGCAUCAGUAGAAGCUGAUCCUGAAUGGGCGCCCCACGUUGACCUUGGAAAGCAGUUGGCGACACUACAUGGGUUGCUGGUUGAUAGCCUACCUAAAUUACCAACUGGGAGAACACAGGAGCUUGACCCACUGAACGACAUAUUGGAUGAGCUCAGCAAGAAGUUAGCGAACAAUGACAUUGGACCAACGACCCAAGUGGCUGAUAAUAUUUUUAGGUUCAACGAUCCCACUUGCAAUACCCCAACGAAACAGAGCACCGAAAACGUUGUAUCAAAUGGUCCACUCAAUAACUUUGCACACAGUUCACCUAUUAUGAACAAAAAUGGCGUUCAGUUCAAUAUAAGUCCAUCGAAAUCGAACGCGGAAGAAUCAAAGUACAAAGGAUCUUUUGUAACUGUCACAAAAUCGCCCAGUUUUAAUCUACGAUCAGCCACGCUACCACGAAACGGUUACGGCUCAAGCCCUAACCAAAACGUCAAUCCUGACAGAUACAGUUCCCAAUACAACAACCAGGAACAUUGCGUUAACCUAAAAGUGGUACAGAUCGGCUUCGGCUCAGACCAGUUCCCCAAAGGCAUCAGUAACGGCUUAAACGAAAGUUUAGAAAGACGCUACCAAGAUAGAUACAAGCCAAACAAUUUCAACCAACAGCAAUAUAACUCUAAUUAUAGUACGGAACGAUCCCCGAGUGGCGACAGCAUCAAUCAUAAUUAUUGCGCUAAUGAGAUGCAAAAUAUUAUGAAAGAAACCGCCACUUUAGACGAGUUAUCAGACCUCUUGAAGUAUGCGGACGAUUCUGAUAUUGUCGACGAAAAAGUAAUGAACAAGAAGAACAUAGCACAAUCCAAAUCUAAUAAUAAUAUCGUGAACGGAAGCAAAAAUUCUUAUACAAAUAACGGUUCAAACGUAUCUAUCAGCGGUUUGUCAAAUGUCGCCAGCUCCGGUUACCAAAGCAUCGCAACGUACAGCCAAAGCUCCAGUCCGAUCGAAAACACCACACAUCUCCAUCAGCCUUAUGAAAAUGGCGGUCAGCCCUUGAGCCGGUUUUCGCAGCUAAACUACCAAAAACAGAGAGACAAACAGUAUUACGAUAGUAAAAACGAGAAGUUCUACCCAAAGAGCCCAGUGCAGCAAAAAAUUGAGUAUGACAUCCAAAAAUAUGGGAUACAGAAUUUCACCACGGCUGAUAAUGUACAAAAUAAUAAAAAUUCAAGUUCAAAAGUAGCUCCAUUAGUGUUCACUAACCCCGUCUACAAUAUGGAGGACAACCGACAGUCACAGGAAGCCAAAAAAAGUGAUAACAGAAACUCCAAGCGAUGUCCAUGUGGCUCAUCCAGUUCAUCGAUCGAUGAGGAGGGUUUGAGCACUGACAACGCGGAGACUAACUCUGAAGAAGGUUCUACCAACUUCAACGACGAUGGUAGAAGCUUUGACCAACAGAAUCGCAACAAUACCCACCGAAAACUCGCCAGAGAUAAUUGUAAUUUUGAAGACGUCUAUCAGAGGAGCAAUCAUAGCAACUCGCCUAGGAUAAGGGACGACGAAUCGUCCAGCAAUUCGCCGAGUCUACGCAAAAGUAAGACGCGAAUGCCCAGAACAAACCCUAUGCUCUCUUACUCCACAAAUCAAAACCAGAACCUGAAGCACUUCGGUCAGCGUGGCGAGUCCCUCUACGAAAGCAAGCCUCAUCAUAUUUCCACAGACUCUGGUUACCCCAUGAGUCGUUCAGAUUCUAACGUCGAAGAAGUUAAUAAAGAAAUGUAUCGUUUGCAAAUAUCGCGAAGCCAAAAAGCAUUGUACAACAUGGAGGCGAAGAAUUCGCCUGAAAAGUUUGUGAAUGACAAUGCAGUUCAAGAGACGAACUAUCCCUUGGAUAGAGCGUAUUCGGGGGCAAAGUUGUCAGGUAGUAGGUUAAAUGAAGAUAUGGAGAGGCAGGAAUAUUAUGGGAUAAGAGAGAGACGGGAGUCGCCGUCUCGAGUGUUUAGCCGUGAAUCUCACUCCAGCGAGGCAAGUGAGAGGGUUCCAGUGCGGAGUGAGAGGGAACUGCCAGUAAGGGACAAGCUUCAACGGCGGCUUAGCUUAGAGUCAGCGAGGGAAUUAACAGAUAGUUCAGAUGAGUUGGAUGACACCUUGUAUAGCACAACAGGUCGGAGACGCAGCAAACAUCACAGAACUAUCGAACAGUAUGAACGUGAAAUCGAGAGAUUGAAAUGUUCCGUAGAGCUGUUACGAGGUCGAUUAGGCCCCACAGAGUCUGGACAAGAUCACACGGAUGCCAAAAUGAAGGCAAUUAUAUCCAGAUUAAUCUGCGUAGAAGAAGAACUAAGGCGGGAACAACGCAAAAUGGCGGCCGCACUAUCUCACAAACAGAGGGUAAUAGAGGCGCAGGAGCAUCGAAUAGCCGCGCUAGACGAGGCCAACACACGCCUUUUGUCAGCGUUAGUACAUCUACAACAGAGGGCGCCACACACACCCACACACAACACCCACAAUAACUCACACUCGCCGCACUCACACCAAGAACUUCAAAUUUAA